AUGGUACAGAUCUGUGCCAGGCCCAUGCCCAAUCUCUCCAGGUAUCCUCCCAGCUGCACCCUCCACAACAAAUUCUACUGCCCCCAGCAUCUUGACCAGCCCACCGGGCCCUGUGCACCCACGGAGACAGACAACUCUCAGAGGCUGUUGGACAAUGAUUCAUCUCAGCACCUGAAGGUGAGAGAGAGACAGCGCUUUUUUGAAGAGGUCUACCAGCAUGAUAUGGACAACUACCUGCCCUCCUCUCACCUGCAGAUUGACUGCAGGAAACCCCCCAUGGGAAGUAUCUCUUCUAUGGAGGUGAAUGUGGAUGUUCUGGAGCAGAUGGACUUGAUGGACAUCUCUGACCAGGAAGCCCUUGAUGUAUUCCUCAAUUCAGGAUCUGGAGUAGAUGACGGACAGCUAGCAUCUCCACUACCAGAGGGUGAGGACGAAGAAGAAGAGGAGGAGGAUGAUGAAGAUGCAGAGGUCGUUUACAGAGAGCGGGCGCCUUUGAAACGGCAGCACGAAGUGCAACGUGGCUCUCGCAUGUCCUCGACAUCCUCUGGAUCCAGCGAUACCAGCGAGGGUGGGGCAGACACACCUGUGAUCCAGUCCGACGAUGAAGAGGUGCAUGCCGACACUUUACUGCUCACCUCUGUCCCUCAUACCAGGGAUGAAGAAACAGAGGAGGAGGACGAAGAUGAAAGAUGCCUUGGAACCCCUGAAAAUCAGGAGCUCUGUGCUCUCAGAAAAGGCUCUAUGCCUCUACCAAUGGCUAAUGUAAUGCCUGUUGCCAUAAUAGCCUUGGCGGAAUCUCGCAUCGAGUACGGCAGGCGUGCUAAACGGGAGCUUUUAUUGCGUUCCAAAAGAAGAUGGGUUUUGUCUACUAUUGAGCUAACAGAAGAGGAACCAGGACCAUACCCCAAAAAGAUUUCACAGAUGUUUAAUAACAUGACAGGAGACCAUCACGAGUUCCGUAUAAGUGGAAUGGGUGUGGAUCAGCCACCACUUGGUGUUUUUGAAAUUGAUAAGCACACUGGAGACGUUUUUGCCAAUAGAGCUCUGGACCGAGAGAAGUACCCACAACCCUUCCACAUCAAGUUUGACAUCUACCACAAACACAGUGGGCUUCAACUGGACAAGGAGCUUGCUUUUGAUGUAGAGCUAAAAGACAUUAAUGACAACGCACCCACGUUUGACCCUCCUAGAGUAACUCAAAGAGUAAAGGAAAGUACACGUGACAGUGACUUGUCAGUGCUACUGUACAUCAACGACAUAGAUAAGGACAACACACCUAACUCUCAAACCACCGUAACCGUGGUUGAUCAGAACCCAAAACAACCCAAGAUUGGUAUUCGCAAGAUCAACGACAAACAGUUCCGGCUCACCCUUGACGGAUGUUUCGACUAUGAUAAAGUAAAAAAGUAUGACAUAAUUGUCAAAGCAAAUGAUCAUGGAAAACCUGUCAUGUCCUCAUCGGCUACCAUUACUCUCAAUAUUGUUGACACAAACACACAUCUACCAACAUUCAAGAAAAAGGAGUAUCACGGGGAGGUGCAGGAAGCAACCAUUGUUGAUGAAUUGUUGAGAAUUGGAGUAGAGGAUCUAGACACUCCUAAAACACCUGGUUGGCGCGCUGUGUAUUACUUCAUCAAAGGAAAUGAGGAUGGAAACUACAUGAUUCGAACAGACCCUGAAACCAAUGAGGGAAUUCUGAGUGUCGUCAAGAAAAAGGAUUAUGAAAAGACAAUGACAGCAAAUCUGCAGGUUGGGGUAAAGAAUGAGGAACCUUUAACUAUUUGUAAAGAUCAUAAGGAUGGUGGCACAGCAGAUGAGAAAAAUCAAGAUUCUACAGUCAUCACAAUCAAAGUGAUUGAUCUCAAUGACCCACCGGUUUUUGACAAAGAUCCAGUGCAUGUAUACGAGAGGGAAGAGGAAGCUAUAGGAAAGACGCUGCUCAUACCAAGUGUUUAUGAUGCAGAGGGAGACAAAGUCAGGUUUGUUCUGUUAGAAGAUCCAGCUGAUUGGGUCACCAUUGAUGAGACAACCGGAAAGAUCACUUCAACUAAGAAGAUGGACAGAGAGUCACCACAUGUUAAUCAAACAUCAAACACUUACACUGUUGUUAUUGCUGCAAUAGAUGAUGGUGAACCUUCAGCCACUGGGACAACCACUGUCCAGAUCCACCUGACCGAUAUCAAUGACAAUGUGCCUCAGCUGGUCAGCAAAAAUGUCACUAUGUGUGGAAACAAGGUUAACAAGGUCAUGGUGCAAGCCAAUGAUUCCGACGUGGAUCCUUAUGGUGGGCCCUUCACCUUCUCUCUGAUGGACGAGGACAAGACUCUGGCACAGCGAUGGAAAGUAGACCCUGCCACAGGGGAGGAAGGUUGGCUUGUUAGCCUAAAACAGCUUCCUUAUGGUACCUACGAAGUUCCCCUAGUGAUUCAGGAUCAACAGAACAUGAUUGGACGUGAUACUGUGGCAGUGACGGUGUGUGACUGUGGCGACAAGGAUAUCUGCAAAGGCAAAGCACCGCUUGUAUCCAGUAUAGGGGCCCCUGGCAUUGGACUUAUCUUUUUAGGACUCCUCCUAUUCUUGUUGCUGCUACUCCUCUUCAUGUGUCAGUGUGGAAAAAAGGAGUUUAAAAUCCCCAUUACUGAGGAUGAAGGUAACCAGACCCUCAUCAAGUACAACCAAGAAGGAGGUGGCUCCGAAUGCAAGUCUGUCCCCAGUCUGCCCCUGACACCGACGCGCAUUGACACUGUGACGGACAGCAUAAAAGUGGGCACCAAGCAGGUGACCAAAACAGCUCCAGUCAUGAACCAGGAAAUGGAUGCAUACAGCAGCUACAGCCAUACCAUGAUUAACAGCCACAUGAACUCAAUGUCAAUGCAGCAUCAAAGAGACACCAUGAGGAGCCAAGGAGCACAGAACAUGUACUCUAUGUGGAACACAAGCAGGACAAACACCUAUCAGGGAGGCUCUUCGAGAUACAAUCGCUCUCUCAGCUUGAGGUCAACACUGCACAUAGCAGAUCACCUUGACAGGAGACUGCACACCAUUGAUGGAAACCACACAGACUACCCGGUGUACCGACCCUGUGAGUAUGCCUACGAGGGGCAGGGGAGCAGAUCCCAGUCGCUGGAUAGGCUGUCUCUCAGCAACUAUGGAGACGAUUUAAACUUUCUGAAUGAAUUGGGACCGAAGUUCAAGACACUGGGAAGCGUCUUGCAGCAGAAAAUUCAAGAAAAGAAGACAGGUUUUUAAAAGGCACUGCUGAACUGAGUUUUCAACUAAGCUUGAUUUUUUUCUCCUCAUUUGUAUUUGUAAAAAUGGAUGGAUCAGACUUAAUCACUGGAGAGAUUGUUGCGUGGACUUUGUACCAAACACUAAGGUGACAUUGUAAAUUGGUAUCAUUCCAAUGGACUACGCAGAAGAGGUUAUGACUUGCUUGUUUGAACUUGGAGUUAUUGCACUGCACAAACUGUUAUGCUCUGGUUAUUUUGAAAAGUUACGUUUUGAAAGGGACUGGGUGUGUAUGGUUUAAUUUUUUUACUGUGCUUCUUUGAGAGUGACAGCUGUCACAGUAAACACAGCACAUCAUUUGAAGCUUUGGUGGUUUAGUCACGGCAGUAUUAUAAAGACUUUUAUAGUGUACGUUUGUAUGAAAAGUGGAAAUUUUAGAAAAUGUAAGAUGUGGCUGGCUGUCUAGUCAUACAGUGGUGUGCUUCGAACAACUAUCAUGGCUGUAGUUUUCUUUUGU